AUGUAUUCCUUGGCCAACUGCUCCAACUGGGAGCUCAAACUGGCCAGCCUGGAGCUGCUGGAAAAGCCGUCCUCUGCAGAUCUGUGCAACGGCAGCAGCCAGGAGGGGAGGCCGGGCCCCCCGGACCCCGAGUCCUUCAACAUGACCGCGGAGCAGCUGCGGCUUCAGUACCUGGGCCCCCGCCGGUCCAGCUUCUUCGUCCCCGUCUGCACGACGUACCUCCUGAUCUUCACGGUGGGGGCCGUGGGCAACACCCUCACCUGCCUCGUCAUCGUCCGGCACCGCUUCAUGCGGACGCCCACCAACUACUACCUGUUCAGCCUGGCCGUCUCGGACCUGCUGGUGCUGCUCCUGGGGAUGCCCCUGGAAAUCUACGAGAUGUGGAACAACUACCCGUUCCUCCUGGGCGCCGGGGGCUGCUACUUCAAAACUCUGCUCUUCGAGGCCGUCUGCUUCGCCUCCAUCCUCAACGUGACGGCCCUCAGCGUGGAGCGCUACAUCGCCGUGGUCCACCCGCUCAAGGCCAAGUACGUGGUGACCAAGAACCACGCCAAGAGGGUCAUCGUCGUGGUCUGGGUCCUGUCGGUCGCCUGCGCCGUCCCCAACACCAGCCUGCACGGGAUCCAGUCGCUCCACGUGCCGGGCUGGGGCGUGGUCCCCGACUCGGCCACCUGCACCCUGGUGAAGUCCCGCCUGACGUACAACCUCAUCAUCCAGGUCACGACCAUCGUCUUCUUCUUCAUGCCCAUGACGGUCAUCAGCGUCCUGUACCUCUUGAUCGGCCUGCAGCUGCGGAGGGAGAAGAUGCUGGAGGCGCUGGAGGCCAAGUCCCGGGCCGGCUGCGACUACCACAGCCACCGCCUCCGGCAGAAGAAGAUCCGGAGGAGGCAGGUGACCAACAUGCUGUUUGUGCUGGUGGUCGUGUUCGGAAUCUGCUGGGCCCCCUUCCACACGGACCGGCUGGUCUGGAGCUUCAUCACGCACUGGACCGGCGCCCUGCAGCACAUGUUCCAGUACGUCCACAUCAUCUCAGGCGUCUUCUUCUACCUGAGCUCCGCCGCCAACCCCGUGCUCUACAACCUGAUGUCCACCCGCUUCCGGGAGAUGUUCCGCGAGGUCAUGUGCCACCGGCACUUCCAGAAGCUGGGCUCCCACAAGCACUCGCCCAGCAGCACCCGCGCCACCGUGCGCAGCACGGUCUCGGAGCACGUCACGGGCGGCAACGGGCACCCGCUCUCCGACCUGGAGGAGUACGAGAUGGACCCCGAGGGGGAGGCCGCUGAGGGGCGGAAGGCCCCCUUCCUCUGA